CGGUUACACUGAAUAUUUUCUCAGCACGAGCCAAAACGGCAUUCGUCUCUCUCUCUAUCUGUGUUCGUUUAAGCCAAAAGGUACUCUAAUUCACGAGACUCAUGCCAAGAAGAGAGGUUUCGCGAUAAAGGAAAAGGUGGUGUGAAUGGAGGGGAAGGGCAUUGGGACGACGAAAAGUGGAGGGGGUCAGGUGAUGGACGGUUCAGAUAUAAUGGAGUUGGUUGGGAAUGAGCAAGUUUUUAGUAACUUUGUGGAUCAUAAGUUCCAAGAACUGGACACAGACUGUGACGGUAAGCUUUCGGUGAGCGAGUUACAGCCUGCUGUGGCUGAUAUUGGUGCUGCUCUGGGUUUGCCUGCUCGCGGCUCUUCUCCCGAUUCUGAUCAUAUCUAUUCCGAAGUUCUUAAUGAAUUCACUCAUGGAAAACAAGAAAAAGUAAGCAAGACUGAGUUUAAAGGCGUUCUUUCGGAUAUUCUACUAGGCAUGGCUGCUGGUUUGAAGCGAGAUCCUGUUGUGAUUCUCCGCAUUGAUGGGGAAGACCUUCUCGAGUUUAUUAAGUGCCCAAUUUUUGAGCCAGAGAUGGUUUCCAUAUUCUUAGAGAUUGAGCUGCCUGAUGGAUCCCUUCAAGAUUACUUUGUCAAGGCUUUUGAGAAGCUCACUGUCGACCAGGGGAUGCCUCCUAUUGCAGAUACUUGGGUUAGAAGCAACAUUGUGGAACCGGCAUUACAAUCCUUUGGUGGUGUUCAUGAGCCACCCAUUGCUCAAGAGGAAUUUUUGGUUGAGUUUAAGAAAGUAGCGGAGAGUGUGGCUCAACAUCUUAAAGAGCAGCCUGUAAUUGUUGCUCACAGUGAGAACAACUUUGAUGGAAGUGGCAUUAAGAGACUGCUAUCUAACAAUUUCGAAUUAGACAAGACACUGGAUGCUGCUUUAAAAGAUGCGCCUAAAGAUCACACUGGGAAAAUGUCGAAGGAAUAUCUGCGAGUGGCGCUUGAUGUAGUGGCCCCAUCAGCUGGCUUACCUCCAUUAGGUGCAGUUUAUCUGGUGGACAGGGUAGUUACUGAAGUCUUCAAAGUGUUCGACGCUGAUGAUGGGAAGUUGGUUAAAGAAGAUGAGUUCAAGAAGAUAUUGACCGAAAUACUGUGGAGCAUCAUGCUGGAAUUGGAGGACAAUCCUAUUUCAGUUUCUACAAAUUCAGUGGUACAUGAGCCGCUUGCCACUUCUUCCACACUGUUGCAGCCAUCUUCUGAUAACGUUGCGUAAAUUGUAAAGUGUUGCAUAUGAAGAGAAACCAUUAAUAACAAGGCAUAUUAAGUGUUUGAUCAAUGAAGUUACUAGUGUUAAAGUAAUGCACUGUCUAGUUCUUGUAACCUCUGUGUGCUAGAAGCUUUUGCUAAUUACUUGGCUGCAACUUCAAGGUGGUUAUGUUCUUUAGCCUUGAUAUUUUUUCCUCUGCAUUUGUACAAUAUAGCCGGGAAGCACGUCCAGUAUACAAUUUAGAAACUCAGUUACUUCGAUGAAUAAAGUUUAACCGAGCAUAGCAUCUUGAAUACUAGUUGUUACCCGAUAGAAAAGAAAAAAAAGAAUUUUAUUGAGAACUAU